AUGAAGAGAUUUAUGGAUUUAGGUUAUGCUGAUAUUGAUACUAUGGUUAUUGGAAAUACUCCUCCAAAUUAUCCAGACGCUAAUGCAACAACUGAUGAUCAGCCCAUUUUAUACAUUGGUGAUCAAUCAGAUACUGAUGACCACGAAGGAUUUUUUGAUCUGGGAUUCAUGCCACAAGCGGUUGUUUCUGUUGUUCCUCUGAAUGUUGUCUUCCCUGACUCAUAUUUUGAAGGGGAGAUUCCUUAG